AUGGUAGCCUUGGCUUUGGUUAAUAUUUUCUCUAAAAAUGGCUUCUGCGCAAGUUUCCUAACUAACUUUUUUGUAAUUUACUUGACCACCUUCUUUGUUAAAAAUUUGAUUGGCACGUAUAAAAAAAUGAUUUUGAUAUUUUCAUUAUUGGGAAUAUUGUUUUCGGGAAUAGAAAUCCUUGCCAGACCAUUCGCUCAUAAUUAUAACAACAGUUUGAUGUUCUUCAGUUUGAAUUUUUGGACGAGCUCUCAAACACUACCCGAAUUCUUUAUAUCAGUAUGGGCAGGGCUUUAUGUAACCAUACUAGCUUUCAUUGCGGUACAGUUUGUCUAUCGAUAUUCUUGUUUGAUGAAUACAAAUGUCAUGGAGUUAUUUGAUGGUUUUGGGGGUGUACUAUUGAUGAUGUAUCCUAUUCUUCCUGGAGUAAUCUAUUCUUGUGUUUUUUAUUUAUUUUGUUUACCAGAUAACAUAUCUGAUUCGUAUGUUCAAGAUGAAAUAUUUGAAAACUACGGAUUGAUUAUCAAGGAAAUUCCUCGAUUCAUUGCUCUUACAUACAAUUUGAAUGAAACUAUAAGAUGGAACAGUAUUUAUUUUUUCUUAUCCGCCGUCUCCCUCAUUUCAAUUCAUUAUGCUAUCAUGUUUUACUUCGGCUUGAAAAUGCAUUUCAACAUGAAACAACAGCUGCUAAAAUUUUCGUCGAAAAACAGGAAACUCCAACGUCAAUUUUUCAAGGCUUUAAUAUUUCAAAGUAUAGGACCAACGGUAUUGUUAGUCUUGCCGGCUGUUCCAGUUCUGUUGUGUCCAGUUGUUGCGUCAUUUUUUCACUUUUUUUUUUCGAAAUUCAGUUGGCAAACUGGAUGGCUCUAUUCUUUUAUUUGCUUUUAUCCACCAUUUGAUAGUAUUUCUUUUCUGAUGAUUGUAACAGAAUAUCGGAACAUUAUUCACGAAAGAUACUGGAGUCUAUUGUCAGGAAGCAGAACGGAACAAACGAAAGGAGAUUCCCAGCAAAUCAAUAAAGAAAAUCAAAGGAGACAUGUUAAAACAAUUAUGAAUUAG